UUCUUUUCAACAAAUUUUUCUUCUUACAAACUCGAGAACUUGCGUAACGUUAGCAGCGGAUAUGAGGGGUUUUUGAUCAGACAAGGCAAUUCUCCUUGGCCAGAUAAUAUUGAAAUGUUAAAGUUCAACGUUUGGUUCCACAGCCGUACCAUUGUUCAUUUCAAGAUGAUCGAUCCAGUAAUUAAGAGGUACGAGGUCCCGAUAGAGAUACCCGCCCCACCAUCUGACGCACCUGGCUAUAGGGACUACCAGGUUUUUUUCAACUAUGAGCCAUUUGGCAUCAGAAUCACCAGGUAUGGCUCGCGCGAAACAUUAUUUAACAGCAUCAUCUCCAGUGCACCUCUCAUAUACGCAGACCAGUUUCUCCAGAUUAGCACCCUCCUGCAAUCAAAAUAUUUGUUUGGUCUGGGGGAGGGCAGUCCCUAUGCAUCGGGGGGGCGUAGGUACACCUACUGGGCUCGAGACCAGACAUCAAUUAAUAAUUCAACGCUGAAAGGAGAGCACCCCUUCUAUAUAAACGUUGACGAAUAUAGUAAAAAUGCUCACGGUGUGCUUUUUCUCAACAGUAACGCUAUGGAUGUGAACGUAUAUCCGACUCCAGCUGCUACCUUUCGCUCGAUUGGAGGUGUCCUCGAUUUUUACAUCUUCACGGGCCCAUCCCUGGAAGAUGUCGUACAGCAGUACAUCCAACUCAUUGGGAUUCCCACCAUGCCGCCAUUUUGGGCUCUGGGAUUUCAUCUUUCCAACUCGAAUUAUAAAGACAUUCAGAAUUUGAGGAGAACUAUUAAAAGAAAUAGAGACAUUGGCAUUCCAUAUGAUGUUCAGUGGAGUGAUGUUGACUACAUGGAGCGGUGGAAAAUAUGGACGUAUGAUAAGUACCUGUACAAGGACUUGCCCCAACUGGUUGCCGAACUACACGAAAAUUUUAUGAAGUAUAUCAUCACAUUGCACCCAGGUGUAAGCAACAGACUCUCAGACAAGUACCCCCCCUACGACCGGGGAAUACAACAGGGGGUGUUCAUACGCAACUUUAUUCACGGUACUUUGGAAGGGAGUUUAAAGCCUGGUCCAGUCGUGUACCCCGAUUUUGCCCACCCGAAUGCCGCGGGUUGGUGGUUAAAAGAGGCCGAAGAUUUUCGCCAAGUCGUGCAAUUUGAUGGACUAUGUCUCGACAUGAACGAGCCAUCAAAUUCUGUAGACGGCUCUACUACUGGAUGUACAAACAACAAACUGGAUCGACCUCCCUAUGUACCAGACACGGCAGGGAAUGGAAAAUUGGAAUAUAAAACCUUGUGCUCUUCGGCCUUGCAAUUUCAUUCGCAUCAUUACAACUUGCACAAUUUGUAUGGACUGCAUAUGACGAUGGCCUCUAGAAAAGCUCAAGAUCAAACAACUGGCAAGAGGACAUUGUCCAUUUCACGAUCGACCUAUCCAAGUCACGGCAAGUACGGACAGCAGUGGUCAGCUGGUUGGAAAUCAAGUUGGGAGGAUAUGCGUUAUUCCAUAACGAGUUUGUUGAACUCGCAAAUGUUUGGCAUUCCGUUCGUUGGGGUGGAUGUGUGUGGAUUCAACGGAGACUCCAGCGAAGAACUUUGCACCAGGUGGACUCAGCUCGGCGCUUUCUAUCCAUUCAUGAGGAAUCAUAACAAUGGCAAUAAUAAGGCUAGUAAUCCAGGGGCAUGGCAUCCAUCGAUUCAAAGGUUAAUGAAAGAGGCCAUUGAACUGAGGUACUCUCUUCUGCCAUUCAUGUACACACAGUUUUAUUUGAACCACGUAGACGGCCGUCCUGUCAUUCGCCCUUUGUCAUUUGUUUUUCCCGACGACUCAAUGACAUACGAUAAUAAAGAACAGUUUUUAUGGGGCACCUCACUUUUGGUCAGCCCUAUUCUGCAACCGGCUAGUAGUAACCAGGAUAGCAAAGGUUAUUUUCCAGACGGUUUAUGGUACGACCUAUUCACUCACGCCAAAAAGGAAAGCCAUGGAGAAUUCUACAAACUAAAUAGCAGUCUUUGUGCGAUAAAUCUCCAUGUGAGAGGCGGGAGUGUCCUGACUCGCCAGAAACCAGCGGUUACUACUGCCAAGAGUCGCAAGAACCCGAUAAAUUUGCUGGUGGCGUUGAAUGAAGAUCAAACAGCCUCUGGAGAAUUAUUUUGCGAUGACGGCGAAACCUUA